AGGUCAACUUGGCAUUUCAACCUUCGGGGGGAGGGGUCGAUAAAACAGUCGGUAUUCAUCGGUAUUGGUCUAGAGAUCGCCGGUUUGAGGAGACGACGUCAUUCACCCUCUACUUCAGCCUAGCCUCUUUAUCUGUCAUGGAAGAAUGAUGAGUGGGUGAAUGACGUCGCGUACCAAUAUCGAAGAAUUACCAAUUAAUUAAUACAUAGUCCAUUUAAUAUUCCUGUAAUACAUUCCUGGUGUUAAUGGAAUUAUAUUAAUAUAUAGCAACAGACAAGGUUGACUUGGAACAGUAAACACAGUAUUCUAGAGAGUUGAAAUCUAAGGGAGGUUACUCUAAACGUUUGCCUACAAACACAGUUCGCACAUGCCGAUGUAAAUACAACACCACUGUAAAUAUAUUUUCUAUAAAGUAUUUUUAAAAUACACCAUCUUUGGAAUGAGUGUUUGAAAUCACAAAAAAUAGAUGAAAUCAAAAUGCUAAUUGAAGCAGUACUGGAUGACGUUUACGAUAAAUUCGUUGAAGUUGUGGAUGCCAUUGUCUGCAGGAUUUUGGACAAAAAACAAACUUGCUAUAUUCAACAAAUACUUCAGUCUUCCCAUCCAUUUGAUGGUCUUCAACACCUUAAGAGAGUAAAAUGCUGUAAAACGCAAGAAGGCUCAGUUUUGCAAACCAUUAUAUGCCUCAAAUCACAAUUACCAGAAGAAGUAACUAAAAACCACUUGACUCUGGAAGAUUUGUUCGGAAAGGAUUCAGCACCAGAAAUGGCAUGUCUACUCGGGAAACCUUGUGUAGUUCAAGUUCCUGUUUCAGCGCCUCAUACUAGAAAGCAGUUUGAAGAAGCUUCAGUAUAUUGGCCUGUUCAUUUCCAUGAAGACAAAAGGAUAACUAAUUUACUCAACGGUAAUUAUUUCAACAAAUCUCAGGAAGCCAGCAUAACCAGGCACAUGACCAAAGCAUUAGAGAUGGCAAAAGUUGGGAAAAGUAAUAAUGAGCGUGCAGUUGGAGCUGUCAUUGUUGAUCCAGCCUCUGAUGCAGCCAUUGCUGCAGCUUAUGAUUUGCGUUGCCAAUCUGGUCAUUUCCUGAAACAUGCUGUCAUGUUGUGUGUAGAUUUAGUUGCUCGUUCUCAAGGAGGGGGAAUUUGGAAGCCACAAGGUUCAAUGGAAUAUUUAGCAAUCUCGGAUGUAACAGGAGAUAACACAAAGACAGAUUCUCAGCCAUAUCUGUGCACAGGUUAUGAUCUUUAUGUUACCCAAGAACCUUGUAUUAUGUGUGCCAUGGCAUUAGUUCAUUCACGGAUAAGGUGUGUGUUUUAUGGUACAUCUUCUCCUGAUGGUGCUUUAGGGAGCCGUUACAAGCUUCAUCUUCAGAAGAAUUUAAAUCAUCACUAUGAAGUCUUCCGUGGAAUUUUAAGCAAGGACUGUGAAACUUUACUUGGUACAUGAUGUUGAGCUAAAUACCAUUAGUUCUGUCACAGCUAUCAUCAUUUUAUGUCAAACAUUUUGACGAGGUACAAAGUCAGUUUUCGUACAGAAUUGAAUUCACCCUAAUACAUUAUGACAAUUUAUUUUUUAUUGAUUUUUCAAACCUAACAUAAUAUCAUAAUCAUGAUCAUAGAGAAAUUUGAACUCAGAUACUUUGGUGCUCAUUUUUUUUGUUUUUUGUUUUUUUCUUUUGCCAACUCACAGCACAAACAACUUAAUCAUAUAAAUAUUUUAUUUGUUCAUUCAUCUUCCCCAAUUCAGUUGUACCCCAUCAUUUUGCUUUUCACUUGUUCACUCCUCAUCAGCUGCCUAUCAUGGUGUAUGUAAGGUGUGUAUAAAAUGCAAUGUUUGUGCAUGUAUGUGAGUGUGUAUUUUUUUUUUAUCUCUUAAUCGGGAGAAAAGAUAAUGUCUAUGUCCCUUAAUAGGUUGCUAAGACCAAUGGAAAAGAGGAAGGAAGUUAUCCUCAAACUGAGGGCCUGUUCCAAAUGCUUGCUACAGAAUUAGUCCUACUAAAGGUAUUCAAGAGCCAGAUAAUUGUGCUACAGGUGCCAGAUGCUAGUAUUAAACUGAACAGUGGAUUAAGUCUACCAUCUAAGUAGGCCAUAACAGGAUUUGAAUUCCAAAUGCAAAAAUUCAAAACAAAUACCAGAAGACUUCCUGACCAAUGCUCUAAUGUUUUUACCAGUCCACUGCCAUUGACAGUUGCUUUAUUUCAAUGGUCUCAAUCUAUUUUGCACUAUGGACUGGUUUCAUGUUAGAUCAUUUUUUCACAGUCCUGGCUAUCACACGCAUAACAAAACACAAAGUGUAUAAUAAAUAAUUUAAUUACUACAUAUAUAUUGCAAAAACACUCUACAGACUCUGACAGUCAAAAAAAAAGAAAUAAAAGUUUUAAAUUUAUUCUUUCUGUGUGGCCCAAUACCAAAUGAUCCAUGGCCCAGUACUUGUCUACAGCCUGCUAUUUGGAGACCCCUGCUUUAUUUUAUCAUCCCAGGAAGGAUGAAAUGCAAACUUGACCAUGGCAAGAUUUGAAGUCAAACUAAAUGCCACUGUACGUCAUGUUCUAACUGACUCUCUGCCACUUGAAUUUGCUACCUAUUUACUUAUAUGAUCACAAGAGAUUAGUUUGAUUGAAUUUUUUUAAUGGUAUAGUCACGUUUUUCGAGACUUCCCCCACUAGACUAGUAGCUGUUAUGCUUAGAUCAAAGACCUGUCUAACAGGCACACAUUACCAAAGGUAUGUGAGCUUUGUCAUUGUCAUCCUCCCUUUACCUCUGUUAACCCUUUAGUGUUCAGAUUACUCUAUCAAAUGUAAUGCUUUUUUAUUAAAAUUGUUUUGAAUUAA